AUGAAGAGUUUGACAUAUCUUAACCUUUCUCGGGCAAAUUUUCGAGGAACAAUUCCCCAUAUGCUUGGAAAUCUCUCAAAUUUGCAUUGCCUUGAUCUUGGAUACAAUUCCCUAUUUGAAGCUAAAACUCUUCAGUGGGUUUCUGGUCUUUCUUCUCUGCAGUAUCUUGAUUUGAGUUCUGCAGAUCUUGGUAAAGCAACUGAUUGGCUGCAGGCAACACACAAACUUCCUUCUUUGGUAGAGUUACACUUGUCAGGCUGCAAUCUAAAUAAUGAUUCAUCUCCAAUCAGUGUUAAUUACAAAUCUCUUGCUGUUCUUGAUCUUUCCACAAAUACAUUGUCUUCGGUGCCUACAUGGAUAUUCAGUCUUCGUAGUCUUGUGUCCAUUGAUCUUAGCUCCAAUGAAGUUGAAGGUGUGAUUCCCAAUGGUUUUCAAAAUAUGUCUUCUCUCAAAUUUCUUGAUCUUAGUAGGAAUUCAUUCUCUUCUUCAUCGACACUCAGCUGGUUGUCUAAUUUCAACCAACUUCAAUUCCUUGGUCUUAGCAGUGUCGGCCUGCAAGGUAAUUUUUCAUGUGCCAUUAGAAACUUAAGCUCUCUUACUCAUCUUGAUGUUUCACAUAAUCAGCUUGAAAUUAUAGAACCCAAAUGUUUGGAGAGUCUUUGUAAUCUGAGAGAGAUGGAUUUGUCAAAUAACGGAAUUGAUCAUAAGGUAUCAGAAAUCAUAGAGAGUUUGUCUAGAUGUAGUUUGGAUCGAUUAGAGUCAUUAAAUAUUGAAUCUAACAAAGUUUCUGGCCAUUUACCUGAUCAACUCAGCCAAUUUAAAAAUCUGGCAUACCUUUCCCUUUCUGAAAACUCCAUUUCUGGUCCCAUUCCAUUCUCAAUAGGGAAGUUGUCAUCAUUGAAAGUUCUUGAUGUUUCGUACAAUCAAUUAACCGGACCUCUUCCGGUAGGGGAGCUAUUAUCUUUGAAGUUGCUUGAUGUUUCAAACAAUCAAUUGAAUGCAACUCUUCCUCAAAGUUUAGGACAACUUGGGAAUUUGGAACAUUUAGACGUUAGCAAUAAUAUGUUGGAAGGAAAUAUAUCAGAAAUGCACUUCUCUAAUCUCACAAGAUUGAGAAUUUUCAGGGCAUCUAACAACAUGUUAACGUUUAAACCAAAUCCAAGUUGGAUUCCUCCUUUCCACUGUGAAAAUAUUGAAUUAGGUAACUGUCAUCUUGGUCCGAAAUUUCCUCAGUGGCUACAAUUCCAAAAGAACUUGUUUCAUUUAGAUAUCUCCCAUGCUGAAAUUUCAGGUGUCAUUCCCACUUGGUUUUGGAACCUUUCGACUCAAUUUGAAUAUCUAAAUCUUUCUAACAACCAACUAGUGGGGAAGAUUUCAUAUUUUCCUAGGAGUUUGGUUGUUGACUUGAGUUCCAACCUAUUCACAGGUCCAUUGCUACAGGCACCCUCAGAUUUGAUGUUUUUAUUUUUGUCUAAGAAUCUAUUUUCAGGAACACUUUCCAAUUUUCUUUGCAAUUCCUCAACUAAAUUGGAACCCUUGACCAUUCUUGACAUUGAAUCAAAUCUUCUAUCUGGUGAAAUUCCAAAUUGUUGGGAAAAUUGGCAAUUUUUGAAAGUCUUAAAUUUGGGAAACAACAAUCUAACUGGGAAAAUUCCUAGAUCCUUGGGAUUUUUGCGCCGUGUUCUGUCAUUAAACCUUCGUAACAAUAACCUACUUGGAGAAGUACCAUCUACACUGCAGAAUUUGGUUGACAUGCUUAUUCUUGAUCUUAGUGAAAAUCAAUUGACGGGAAGUAUUCCAGCAUGGAUUGGAGACAACCUCUUAAACCUUGUGGUUCUAAACCUCCGUUCAAAUAACUUCCAAGCCUAUAUUCCUGAUCAAAUUUGUGCUCAUAAUUCUCUUCAGUUCUUGGAUCUUGGUUAUAACAACAUUUCAGGAGCAAUUCCAAAAUGUUUUAGUAACCUAAGUGCCAUGGCCAUAAAACCCCUCAAGAUACACGUGGGAAACAGUACCUGGUCAUUCGAGUCUAAUAACCUGUUUCUUUUGGGUGCAUUAUUGGUGAUGAAAGGAAGAGAGGAUGAUUACAGUACCAUACUAGGACUUGUUGUCGGCAUAGACCUUUCAGUUAACAGUCUCAGAGGAGAGAUCCCCGAAGAACUUGGUAAUCUCAUAGGACUGCGGUCAUUAAAUUUGUCAGGGAAUCUCCUAACAGGAAAGAUACCAGAGAACAUUGGCAAUAUGGAGGUGUUGGAAUCUCUUGACUUAUCGAUGAACCAACUCCAUGGUGAAAUCCCUUCAAGUUUCUCCAAUUUGAAUUUCUUGAAUCACUUGAACUUGUCCUACAACAACUUGACAGGACAAAUCCCAUCAGGCACCCAGCUGCAAAGCUUUGACAGGUUUUCGUACAUUGGCAAUCAUCUUUGUGGACCUCCAGUCACUAAAAAUUGCAGCAGAAAUGGCGAAACACCUGAUGUUACAAAUGGAGGUAGGAGUGGAGGAAAGAAAAGGUCUAAUGUGAAUUGGCUUUAUGUAAGCGUAGUACUUGGAUUUGUGAUGGGGUUUUGGGGGGUAGUGGCUCCCCUGGUUUUCGUCAGGUCUUGGAGGUUUGCUUAUUAUCAAAAACUGGAGCAAAUUGGUGAUAAGCUAUAUGUGUUUUGGGCUACUAUUGUGAAGUUGAAUGCAAAUGAAGAUGAGACAGGAAAGGAGGUUUCGUAUAGAGGAGUUAGGAAGAGGCCAUGGGGAAAAUAUGCAGUUGAGAUAAGGGAUUCCAUAAGGAAUGGUGUUAGACUUUGGCCUGGAACCUUGGAUAUAGAUGAGGCUACGCUAGCGUAUGAUCAAGCUACACUCGCAAUGCGAGGUCCGAUGGUGAUAAUCAAUUUUCCAAUGGAUACAGUUUAUGAUUCACUUCAAGAAAUGAACUAUGGAUUUGAAGAAAGUUGUUCACCUACUUUGACAAUUGAGAAAAGGUACUCCAUGAAGAGCAAAAGAUCAGGGAACAUGAAGAUCAAAAAGAAGGAAAUGGGGAUGGAAAUUAUCCUGGUGUUUAAGGAUUUAGGAGCUGAUUAUUUGGAGGAGCUUCUAAGUAAAUCUGAGAGUGCAACUCCUUAUUGGUGAAUAUUUGAGUCAAACACCAACAUUUUUUCUUCCCUUUUUUGUUUCUUCUCCCUUUUCAAUUGAGAUAGUGGAGGAGGACCAAAUUUUUUGUUGGAUAUUGUCUGUGAAUUUGUAAAUCUUUGAGAUGAUGUACAAUCAAAGUUUAGUGCUAUGUAUAAUUUUCGCCAACAAUUAUAUUACAUACUAGUUGAACAUUUCUACAAAUUUUCGUUCUUCUAUAUAUACAUACAUAUAUAUAUGAUAACAAUUUCUAGUUAUUUUGAAUUCAUGAAGAGUUAUCAUCUAUAUUAAUCAUAUAUUAGCAGUAGUUUUAUUUUCUUUUUUGCUUAAAAGAACACUUGAAAAUAAAGGUCGUUGCGCCAAUUUGUAUUCUCAUUUCUUUUUUUCUUGGUAUAAAAGAAAAUAUGUUUUCUAAUUUAUAAGAUUUCUGUCCAUAUCUCACCAUAUCCUUAUCAGUAAAGCCAUUCUAUUUUCUUUUCAAUUGAGGUUUUUUAUUUUCUUUUCGGGAAAGAAGAAUAUUAACCACUUUUUCCUUGAGCAAUAUGUGCAAUUGCCAAGGCAAUUUGGACACAAUUUUGAAUUAGAUGAAGCUCUAAUUGAACUAUAACCAAUUUGGCUGAAGGCUAACCGAAUCACUAUCAUAAUUUAUAACUAAAACUGUUUUUAAUGUGGAAAAGAAAUCAAUCCCCCUAAAUCCAAGCCCAUGGAUGUGUUGUUACCAUCAUGAGCUUUUCGAUAUAUAAAUUAAUCAAAAUUGACCAAUCAUAUUAUGGAUUU